GCCGGGAGCGGCCGAGCGGGGUGGCUGUGGCGGGCGGCCUGGCGGGCACGGAAGCCGAGGCCGCGGCCAGGGCUCUCGGUGCCGCUGUGGAGGGUGCCCUGGCUCUAGCCGAACCGCAGCGAUAGUGGGAACGGGUUGCCGGGCACGAUCGGCCGGCGAGGGGAAGCGGGACCGCCGCUCCAAGGCGCUGCGGCGAGAGAGACUUUCGGAGCCUGGACGUGCAGGAGCACACAGCGCUGACUGAGGAAAUUGUCUCAGAAAAAGGCCGAUCAGAGGCUGGGUCUGAGCACGGGACUGGGCUAGGUGGAGGAACCUGAAGUUCGGAAGGGAAAGGAGCGUUUAAGAUUUCCUGGGGUUUGGGCCAAUGCUACCGUUUUGAAGGUAAAAGGCAUUGCGCUUCAGGUGUUUUGUGGGUUUUUGGCUUUUUUCUUUUUAUUUGAGUGUGUGUCUGCACAAUUGGCUCAUUUCAGAAUUCAAAACCUUUAGUGUAAAAAAAAUCGUUUUGUUUUGAUUUUUUAAGAAAUCCACCAAUUUUGCUUACCAGAGCUCCACUGGACUUUGUAUCGUGUACGUCCUGCUGUAUGGUUUUAUUUAUUUUAACUGUACAAAUCAUCUGGAAGAUUUUUCCUCGAGUGGCAUUUCGGAUUUGUUCAGCCUUUUUUUGUUUGCUUGUUUGUUUGUCUUGUUUUGUUUUCCUCCUUGGCAUUUUAAACAUUUGGAAACGAGAGAUUUUUCAACCUUUGGAGCUUAAGGUUCGCUUGUCAACAGAAGGACAGUUGGGGAAACUGGAUUGAAAGGAUGGUUUUUAUCGGUCUGCAGUUAAGACUGAUAUUUUGAAGUCGCAUUCUUUCUGUGGUUCGUUUAGCCCAUAGUGCUAACCUUAAAGAGAUUUGUGGUUGACGUUUUGGUUUCUAAGAAGGUCAUAGUUUUUCCUCUUUCAUUUUUUUUUCCAUUUUCUUCUUUUUCAAGACAAGGGGAGGGGAGGGUGGAGGGUCAGGAAAGGAGAAGACCAUGUUAAGUGGUGGAAGUGGAAUGGCUCUGCAGUUACCAGGGUCCUGACAGCUGGAAGAAGGAUUCAGUCUGCGACUUGGGAGGCCUUCCUCUCACCUUCCUUAAAAAUUUGCAAGGGAUUCAGGCCUGGUCAAGACUCCCAAAGAAGCUCCAGGAUUCAGGAACUGUGGAGACACGGAGAAACCAUGAGCAUAAGAUUGCCCCAUAGUAUAGACAGGUUAAGUAGCCUGUCUUCUCUGGGAGACUCUACACCUGAACGCAUGUCCCCUUCCCACCACCGUCAGCCCUCUGACACCUCUGAAACAACAGGUCUUGUUCAACGCUGUGUCAUUAUCCAAAAGGACCAGCAUGGCUUUGGCUUCACAGUUAGUGGGGAUCGAAUCGUGUUGGUGCAGUCUGUGCGCCCUGGAGGUGCAGCCAUGAAAGCUGGUGUGAAAGAGGGUGACCGGAUCAUUAAAGUGAACGGCACCAUGGUGACCAAUAGCUCACACCUGGAGGUGGUGAAACUUAUCAAAUCUGGCGCUUUUGUUGCACUCACCCUCUUGGGCUCUUCUCCUUCCUCCAUUGGCGUCUCUGGGCUUCAGCAGAACCCACCUCUGGCAGGAAUACCCAGAGUUAACCCCGUGAUUCCUCCACCACCUCCUCCUCCACCCUUGCCACCCCCACAACACAUUACAGGACCCAAGCCUCUGCAGGAUCCUGAAGUUCAAAAGCAUGCCACUCAAAUCCUCAGGAAUAUGCUGAGACAGGAAGAGAAAGAGUUACAGCGUAUCUAUGAGGUGUAUAGUCGGAAUCCUGACAGCCUGCUAGAAGAGCAAAUCGAAGGUGCCCGGCGGCGAGUCACUCAGUUACAGCUGAAGAUCCAGCAGGAGACUGGUGGCUUAGUGGACAUACUUCCACUCUAUAGUGACACCAGCCAGAGAACAUCUGAAGGCCGCCUCUCUCUGGACUCCCAGGAGGCAGACAGUGGCUUGGACUCUGGGACAGAACGCUUUCCCUCUGUCAGUGAGUCAUUGAUGAAUCGGAACUCAGUACUGUCAGAUCCUGGACUAGACAGCCCUCAGACUUCUCCUGUAAUCCUGGCCAGAGUAGCCCAGCACCACAGACGACAGAGUUUGGAUGCACCAGUGCUCCCACCCAGUGACCAGGGUGUAGAUCAAAGCCCAAAGCCUCUGAUUAUUGGCCCAGAGGAAGAUUAUGACCCAGGUUAUUACAACAAUGAGAGCGACAUCAUCUUCCAAGAUCUUGAAAAACUGAAGUCACAUCCAGCCCACUUGGCAGUUUUCCUACGUUACAUCUUCUCUCAGGCAGACCCUGGUCCACUGCUUUUUUAUUUGUGUUCAGAAGUUUAUCAACAGACAAAUCCCAAAGAUUCCCGAGGUUUGGGAAAAAGCAUCUGGAAUAUUUUCCUAGAGAAAAGAGCGGGUAAGGAUCCUCUCAGAGUGAAGAUCCCUGAGACGUUGCAGGCUGAAAUCGACCUGCGCUUGCGGAACGGUGAGGACCCUCACGGUGUUUUCUGUGAAGCUCAAGAGGCAGUCACACUGGAGAUUCAGGAACAGAUCAAUGACUAUAGAUCAAAGCGCACGCUGGGGCUAGGCAGCCUCUAUGGUGAAAAUGACCUACUAGACUUGGAUGGGGACCCUCUUCGAGAGCGCCAAAUGGCUAAGAAGCAGUUGGCUGCCCUUGGAGAGAUCCUGUCCAAGUAUGAGGGACGCCGGAGUGUUCCCAUGGAGUUUGCCCUUUAUAUCUAUAUGAGCCAUGCUAGAAUCCUUCUUCAGGAGUCAAGACCCUCCAGCACAGCAGAAAAGGCCCAGUCUGCUCCUGAUAAGGACAAGUGGCUACCCUUCUUCCCUAAGACUAAGAAGAGCAGCAGUUCCAAGAAAGAAAAGGAUGCCUUGGAGGACAAGAAGCGAAACCCCAUCCUCAGAUACAUUGGGAAGCCCAAAAGCUCUCCUCAGAGCAUUAAGCCAGGCAAUGUGAGGAACAUCAUUCAGCACUUUGACAGCCAUCAGUAUGAUGUCCCAGAGCCGGGGACACAACGACUCUCAACAGGAAGCUUUCCUGAGGACCUGCUGGAGAGUGACAGUUCCUGUCCCUCCUUAGCAGUUUCACGCUCAGAGAUUCGCCUGGGCCGCUCUGAGAGCCUCAAUGGGCGGGAAGAGAUGAAGCGAUCUCGCAAAGCAGAGAAUGUGCCCAGAUCUCGCAGUGAUGUUGACAUGGAUGCUGCUGCUGAGGCCACGCGCCUUCACCAGUCAGCCUCGUCCUCUGCCUCCAGCCUCUCCACCAGGUCUCUUGAGAAUCCCCCCCCCUUCACACCUAAAAUGGGCCGCAGGAGCAUUGAGUCCCCCAAUCUGGGAUUCUGUACAGAUGUUAUCCUUCCCCACCUUCUGGAGGAUGAUCUGGGCCAGCUGUCUGACCUCGAGCCAGAGCCAGAUGUCCAAAACUGGCAGCAUACAGUAGGCAAGGACGUGGUGGCAGGGCUGACACAGAAGGAGAUUGACCGACAAGAGGUCAUCAAUGAGCUGUUUGUGACAGAAGCAUCCCAUCUGCGAACACUCCGGGUCUUGGACCUCAUCUUCUACCAGCGCAUGAAAAAGGAGAACCUAAUGCCUCGGGAAGAGCUGGCGAGGCUCUUCCCUAAUCUGCCUGAACUCAUAGAGAUUCACAAUUCCUGGUGUGAAGCCAUGAAGAAGCUCCGGAGGAGGUCCGCAUUAUCAGAGACAUCAGUGACCUCAUGCUUGGCUCGGUUUGAUGGUCCUGCCCGAGAGGAACAUCCAGCAAGAGGCGAGAGCCACCCUCAGUGCCGGAGGCUGCAGCUUGAGAACCUGAUCAUCUCUGAAAUGCAGCGGCUCACUAAGUACCCACUGCUGCUAGAGAACAUCAUCAAGCACACAGCGGGUGGCACAUCUGAGCAUCAAAAGCUCUGCCAUGCCCGGGACCAGUGCCGAGAGAUUCUCAAGUUUGUAAAUGAAGCAGUGAAGCAGACAGAGAACCGUCACCGAUUAGAGAGCUACCAGAAACGCCUAGAUGCCACUGCCCUAGAGCGGGCCAGCAACCCCUUGGCAGCAGAAUUCAAGAGCCUGGAUCUUACAGCAAGGAAGAUGAUCCAUGAGGGACCCCUGACCUGGAGGAUCAGCAAAGAUAAGACCCUGGACCUGCAGGUGCUGUUACUGGAGGACCUUCUGGUGCUGCUGCAGAGACAAGAGGAGAGGCUGCUGCUCAAGUGCCACAGCAAGACAACUGUGGGCUCUGCGGACAGCAGACAGACCUUCAGCCCUGUGCUGAAGCUCAACGCUGUGCUCAUCCGUUCUGUGGCUACAGAUAAGCGAGCCUUCUUCAUCAUCUGUACUUCUGAACUGGGCCCUCCCCAGAUCUAUGAGCUGGUUGCAUUGACAUCAUCGGACAAGAAUAUAUGGAUGGAACUCUUAGAAGAGGCCGUGCAGAAUGCCACCAAGCACCCUGGAGCUGCCCCAACACCCAUCCAUCCUUCACCACCAGGAUCCCAGGUGCCAGCCUACCAGGGCUCCACCCCUAGCAGGGUAGAAAUACAUGACUCAGAAGUUUUCCAUACUGAACCAGAAACCAGGAACUAUCUGUAGGGUAAGGCCCCUCUCCAUCAUGGGUCUGAGAAACAGCUGGUAGCACAAGAAAAGCCUGAGCAGGAGGAGGAUGCAGAGGAACUGAGAGCCCUGCCUCACCCUUCCCCUUCCCUGGAUGGAGAAAACAGAGGCAUCAGGACAGGGGACCCUGUCCUUCUGGCCCUUACAGGACCUCUACUCAUGGAGGGACUUGCUGAUGCUGCCCUGGAAGAUGUGGAGAACUUGCGGCACCUGAUCCUGUAUGGCCUGCUGCCCGGUCACACUGUGAAGACUCAGGCUGCUGGCAAUCCUGACGAUGACCUCACACCCACCCCUUCUGUCAUCAGCAUCACCUCUCACCCCUGGGACCCAGGAUCCCAGGGCAAGCUCCCACUAUUAGGUGACAACACCCUGAGGCUAGAGGGAAGCCAGCCAGAUGGGGAGGAUAUGGCUCUCUGUUCUCUGGCACAGCUGCCCUCCCCCAAGGACCAGAAAUUCGGCAUCUGGGACUCUCCUGAGCUGGAUAGAAAUCCAGCUGAAGAGGUUUCAAGCACAGAACCAGCAGGAAGUUACAAAGUUGUAAGAAAAGUCUCUCUUCUCCCUGGUGGUGGUGUCGGUGCAGCCAAGGUGGCGGGCAGCAAAGUUAUCCCUGCACUACCAGAGAGUGCAUCAGAAUCUGAGCUAUCUGAAGUGGAAGGCGGAGCACAGGCUACGGGGAACUGUUUUUAUGUCAGCAUGCCAACAGGACCUCUGGACUCCAACACUGAGCCUACCAGGAUACCCCUAAGUCCCUCACAGCCUCACAGCCUCCCUGCAUGGCCAGCGGAGCCUCAGCACCAGAGGGGAGGCGUUGGGGAUCAAAUGUGUUCCAGCUGCUCUUCCCCCAAUCUGGUCCUCAGGGAUAGGGGUGUGAUUCAUACCAUCGAGCAGCUUACCAUCAAGCUCCACAGACUCAAGGACAUGGAACUGGCCCACAGAGAGCUUCUCAAGUCCCUUGGAGGAGAGUCGUCUGGGGGGACCACUCCUGUGGGCAGUUUUCACACAGAGGUAGCCAGAUGGACAGAUCACUCUCUCUCUCCUCCAACCAAGGAAGCACUGGCCUCUGACUCCCAAACCAGUCAGGAAUUUUGCCCUGAGGAAGGCUCUGACACCCGCCUGGAAGACAGUGCCACAGACACAGCUGCAUCACCAGGACCAUAGCCAUCCAGACAACCAGAGCCUCGGCUUCUCCAUUCUACCAGAGUCUGGCCUGAGCCAGAGCACAACACUAGGAGACCCAAGCCUCCCCUUGACAGACGCCAGAGAACCAAGGAGAGACCGCAUGUUGCUUGAUCUGUUCACACUGGACAGAGUCCAGUGUCCAUGUCUCCCAUUAGCCAGAUCUCCAUGGCAUUCGUCUCCUAAGCACGCUGGUCACAGCAGUAGGUCUCCUACAGUGGUCUGCCCCUUCACCCACAUAGCUACGUAGCAUAUGUGGGGAGUACUGGGUGCACAGUACCCUCAGGUGUACAAGACAAAGGAGAAGGCUUAUGUGUAAAUGCACUUUUUUCCUCCCCUUCUUCCUAGGCCCAAGACAGCUGGGUGUCUGGCUCUCCUCUGUCCCUUUAGUGUCCUAUGUCUAUUGUAUGUGCAUUUUUUGCCAUUGUAAAUAACUUAGCCUUUUUUCUGUCCCUGGAAUGCUCAACCCGUCAGAGACCAAUAAGAUGAGAGCCAGUCAGCAGCCCAGCUCAGGGUGGUGAUGGUCUGUGUUCCACAGGCAGGGAGGUCUCCCGGACUCCAGCGCUGUUAAGAAGAGCCUGUGGGGAGCACCGUGCCUCACUCAUGCUCACCCCUUCCCUAUUUGCCCCAUAGAAACAAAUACAGCAGGUACGUUAAGGAGCUCAAAACAGACCCUAAGAAAGCAGAGUCCAAGUUAAUUCAGGACCCUUCCCCGGGGGCCACAGCAACAUUGGCUCAUCGCCGUGCCCUCACUCCACUCCCCACUGAUGAACACACACACUGUGCUAGGUGUAUAUAUACAUAUAUAUAAAUAUAUAUAAUAUAUAAAAUAUA